AUGCAGUACCUUCGACAUUGUAAAGAAGAAUCAGUUGAACCGGCUAGCCGCUCAACCCUUUGUCGCAUUCUUGAAGUGAGAGAGGCUUCACAGCAGAAGUCUCUCAGUGGUCUGGACAACAUUGCAGCAGAAGGGGUCGCAUCUUUUGAGCGGCUGUUGAGUAUUCUAGAACAGCUGAAUCAGGCUGGUGUCGACAAAAGAAGAGUUACAGAACUGGCAAAGAAAUUGAACGAUGGGAAAAGAUACCUGAAGACGGAGUUUAAAGUGAACUGUUCAGCAGAGGGGAGUGAAGGCGCAGAUCACUGCAGAAAAUUUGCGUUAAGCGAUCCAGUUGAUCAAUGCUUCAACCAUCAGUGCUCACACUCACACAAUAUGGUGUGUGAACAGUGCAAACAAUUGAAGGCAACGUUAGACGAGAUGGAAGAAAGUAUAAAGAAACACUCCAGCCAUCUUUACAGCCAAGAACAAAAGUAUGAUCUUCUUUACAAUUUUGAAAGAUCUAAGAAUUGCAUUUUUCUUUGGGAAUCUCAUGCCUUACGCUCUGUCAACCAAGAAUCUGCUGAACAAGAAGCCCUCCAAAGUCUUGACAGUCAGUCAGUCCUUGUUGUUAUUGACUGGGCGAUGAAAUUUCUUCAAAUGAAAUACAGAGAAAAACAAAGUGAAUGGUUUGCUAAUAGAGGCCUUAGUUAGCAUUUAAGCAGUGUGAUCUCAAAAGACCAAGAAACGCAGAAAGCUAAGGUCCUGUCGUAUGCCCAUUUAUAAGAUUCGUGUUGUCAAGAUUGGUAUGCGGAUGUAUCUAUUUUAGAAAACCUUUUUCAAAGCAUCAAAAUAGAUUUUCUAAAUGUUAAGCACGCAUUUCUAUCUUCUGAUGGGGCUGGCUGCUACCAUUGCAAUCACCUAAUAACAGCAGUGAAAGAUAUUGGAGAUCACAUGGCAAUUACAGUUGCGCGUUAUGAUUUUUCAGAACCCCAGCAAGGAAAGGAUGUUUGUGACAGGGUGCUUUGUCCCAUGAAAGCAGCCAUAAGAAAGUACUGCGCGGAAGGCCAUGACAUCAUGAACGUAGGAACAAUGCACGAGGCCCUUAAGGAACGGCCUGUCAAAGGAACAACAGGGGCUAUAGCCAUUUUGGAUGAGUCAAAAUUCUUGAGGUUCAGAAGAUAAAAUAAUUUAGUGAGUUGCACAACUUUAGAUACAAAGAGAGUGGGAUAAGAGUGUGGAAAGCUUAUGCUGUUGGGGUCGGCAGGCUUAUCCCUUGGCAAUCUUUUUACAUACGGCACCAGGGCUGCACAAAUAUAUCAUUAAUGGAGGGAAAAGGAUUCUUCACCAAAACAGAAAUAAGAGACCUUCAUCGCCCAAGAAAGUGUCAAGCAAGUAAAGACCACGUUGAAAUUGAUGAUCAGCAAUCGAUGUUUGUGUGCCCUGAAGAAGGCUGUAACUGCACUUUUGACUCUUUCUCUGAACUUGAGUUUCAUACAGACGUAGAAAUACAUGAUAACAGGAAGUCGGAAAGUCUUUAUGACAAAGUACUGAAAAACUGAGCUGAAAAAUUUUCUUCUAUUGAGAACUAGAAGUUAACAAGCAACAAAUCCUCCACUGGGGUGACUGUUAACAGCACAAAUUCUUGUCUAAGUAUCGGAUGGGCUCUUAAGAAAGGUAGAACUGGCAGAGUUCGUUUUUCUGAGAACGUGAGACGGUACCUUACAACAAAGUUUGAAAUGGGAGAAAGAACGGGCAAAAAAGCCAAUCCAGAAAAGAUCGCACGUAAAAUGAACGAUGCCAGAAAUGAAUGGAAUGAAAGAUUGUUUCAAAGAGAGGAGUGGCUCCACGCCUCGCUUCACGGCAGAGCACUCGUGCUCAGGAUGCUACUUCAAGGGAACAGAUGUGAUAUUACAGCAGAUGAGAAUGACGACAUCGACGCCCUC